AUGUCAUUCGUCGGACCUGCGUAUGGAUCAUUGGCUGCUAAUAAAGCAAAGAUCGCAGCAAAGCGUGAUCCGAACAUCGAUCGAGAAGCACAAGAGUGGAUAGAAGCAGUAAUCGGAGAGAAGUUCCCGAGCGGUUCCUACGAAGAUGCACUCAAGGACGGUGUCAUCUUGUGCAAAUUAAUGAACAAACUUCAACCAGGUGCUAUUCCUAAAUAUGCGACAUCAGGUGGCUCAUUUAAACUCCGCGAAAAUAUUUCACUUUUUCAAAAUGCUGCGCGUGCUUAUGGUCUAGGCGAUGCGGAACUUUUCCAAACGAUUGAUCUUUUCGAAAAACAUAAUAUUCCUCAAGUAACCCAGUGCAUCUUUGCACUCGGUCGCAAUGCACAGAAAAAAAAGUUCAAUGGGCCAACACUCGGUCCGAAAAUGUCCGAUGUAAAUGUCCGAGAAUUUAGCGAAGAUCAAUUACGUGCCGGACAAGCUACACUCGGUUUACUCAACGAAGGCAUGAGUAAAGGGACAAUCGAAGACCCUAGAGCUGUUAGUGAUCAAUUGCUAGCAGAAAAAAUGCAAAUGUCAUUGAGAAGUACUGGUCGACCGGCACGUAGCGAAACUGCUUCAGCUUCAUCCGAAAUGUCGGAAAGUUCAGUUUUAUUCAACGAUUAUACACGAUCUCAUGGCGGUCGACGUCUUUCUCAACGAAAAUUAAGCAACUCAUCUGUCACAAACCUUCUUAUCAACCUACAAAAUAUACGGAUCCCGUCAACAUCGUCACAAACGUAUCUAGAUAAUCAACAUCAUCAAGGAGAUGAAGACGAUGAAUCAGACGAUGAUAAUCACCUUCAAACACUCAUCGAUCUGGCGCGUGAUACCGAAUCAAGUCGAUCAGAUAAACUGCAACGUCUUCAUGCCUCCCUUGAAGAUUCAAUUGGAAUAGUGGAAUUACUCAGUUUACUUCGUUUUAUUAAAUCUCCAUCAUCCGAAGACAUAUUAUACACUGUGAGAUUGAUUGUUUCGAUGUCGGGAGGCAAACGUAAUCCAGAAUUAGAUAAAGAAGCUCAACAAUGGAUUGAAGCUGUCAUCGGAGAGAAAUUUCCAAGUGGUUCGUACGAUGAUGCACUUAAGGAUGGUAUUAUUCUGUGCAAAUUAAUCAAUAAGCUUCAACCGGGCUCUGUCGCCAAGAUUUGUACACAAGGUGGAGGAUUUAAAUUACGCGAAAAUGUUUCUGCGUUUCAAAAUGCUGCUCGAGCAUACGGUUUACCAGAUGCCGAAUUAUUUCAAACUGUAGAUCUUUUUGAGAAACGAAACAUCGCCCAAGUUACUCAAUGCAUUCAUGCACUUGGUCGACAAGCACAACGGAAAAAUUUCAAUGGGCCAUCACUUGGCCCGAAGAUGGCUGACGCCAAUGUUCGAGAAUUCACUGAAGAACAAUUACGUGCCGGACAGAAUACAGUCGGUUUACUCAACGACGGCAUGAACAAAGGUGCCAGUCAAGCUGGUCAAAACUUUGGCCUCACACGUCAUAUAUAA